AUGUCCGUCUCCGCUCUCGACUCGCGUGUGUUCCGCAAUUUGUUCGGAACACAAGAAAUACGUGAUAUCUUCACAGACGAUGCAUACGUCAAAUGUUUAAUUGAGGUUGAGGCAGCUCUCGCACGCGCUCAAUCAAAGAUCGGCGUUAUUCCAUCGGAAGCGGGAGAUUCGAUCACGAAAUCAUUUUCCAACCUUCAACUUGAUGUUCUUCGUCAUAUUGAAAGGCUUGAAGAAAUGAAGCGGAGAUGUUUGCUGGUGCAAUUUGGAGGAGCAGCUGGAACUGUGGCCUCGCUGGGCUCCGACGACACAGGCCUCAGAGUUCGCGAACAGCUCGCUAUCGAACUGGGCCUGCAAAACCCAGCCAUCACAUGGCAUGUCGCAAGAGACAAUGUGGCCGAGAUCACCAAUUUCCUAGCCCUGGUCGGUGGAACCUUGGGAAAGAUCGCGUUGGAUCUCAUGAUUAUGUCCUCGAACGAAUUUGACGAAGUGUCUGAGCCAUUUGUCCCUCACCGCGGUGCUUCAUCGACCAUGCCGCAGAAGCGGAAUCCCAUCUCCUCCGAGGUUAUUCUCGCUGCUUCUAAGAUUCUCCGGGCCAAUGCGUCGUUAGGGUUGGACGCGAUGAUCACUGACUUUGAGCGAGCGUCUGGACCAUGGCAUCUUGAAUGGGUGGCGGUUCCAGAUGCGUUUGUUACUGCAGUAGGUGCCCUCCAUCAGACGAACUUUGCUCUGGAUGGAUUGGUUGUGAAAGUGGACUCUAUGGAGCGUAACCUGCACUCAACAAAGGGAUUGAUUGUGGGCGAGGCGGUCAUGAUGGCUCUUGCACCUCAUAUUGGACGUCAAAAGGCACACGACGAGGUGUAUGAAGCUUGCAAAGCUGCUAUUGAGAACAACCGAUCUCUACUUGAGGUGUUGAAAGAAUCUACAGUAAUGACGAGUAUUUUCACCGCGGAUCAAUUGACGGGACUAUGCGAUCCUACUCAAUAUAUGGGAGCCAGCCAGCUGAUGGUUGACGAGAUGGUGAAACGGUCUAAUUUGACGCUGCCAAGGGGGGAUCUCCACGCUUAA